AGUGUUUUGAGAGGCGUGAAUUUUUUCUUGCAUUGUUGGGUCUUGUUUGGCAAGGCUAGAUAGAGAGAUCAUAGGAAGCCAUGGGAAGGGCACCAUGUUGUGACAAAGCUAAUGUGAAGAGAGGACCAUGGUCUCCUGAUGAAGAUGAAACCCUCAAACGCUAUGUUGAGACUCAUGGCACUGGUGGUAACUGGAUUGCUUUGCCCCAAAAGGCUGGACUCAGAAGGUGUGGCAAGAGUUGCCGUCUACGGUGGCUUAAUUAUCUCCGGCCAGACAUCAAACAUGGAGGCUUCACUGAAGAGGAAGACAGCAUUAUCUACAACCUCUAUGGUGAAAUGGGUAGCAGAUGGUCCUUUAUUGCUUCUCAAUUACCUGGAAGAACAGACAAUGAUGUGAAGAAUUACUGGAACACAAAAUUGAAGAAGAAGCUUCUUGGUUCAUCAGGAAAAUCAAACCUCACCACCACCAUCACUAACCCAACCUACAACAAUAAUUCUCUGCCUUGCCUCCCAAUCAAUCCAGAUGCCUAUGAUCUUGCGUUUUCGGAUUCGUCGCAAUUAACUCAGAACCCCACAAUGUUAUCAAGCUUAAACAACAUUGGUUAUGGACUCACUCAAGCUUAUGGCCUAGACCCAUCACUUCAACAUUCAAGCAUGAUCAUGUCUGAUUUUGGGUCCAAAAGCAGCAGUCACAGUGCAGAGAAUUCAAGCAACAUUUCAGACUCAUCAGCAGCUUAUUUUGCUUCUUCAUUGCCUGGAAAUACAGAGACUGGGAUUAUGAUGGAUUUUGGGUUUGGUUUCAGUUAUGAUAUUGGCUUUGCUUAUGAUGAUGACAUUGACAUUAAACCACAAGGAGUAGUGAACCAGAGUGUUAUUAACCAGUAUCAAUGACCCAAGAACCAGAAAUAUAUAGAAACUGGUCAGACUAGUUAGACGUCAGUCAUCAGUGUUAACUUGACUCGAUCUCAUAUAUGUGUCUAAUGUAUCCAAAGCAAAUUUAACUUUAUGAUUUUAUGAUAUUGCUUA